UGGACCCGCCCACAUUAUGAAACGUCAUCACGUAUGCGCCAUUACGUUGAUCGUUCUAGCAAGCAGCGAUCCCCGUCAGUUUCCUGACUUGUGCAGGGGCAGUUAGAUGAUAAGGCCACCAUGGUGCUGAACCCUGUCAUUUCCAAGCUUUCUGGUAAACUGGUCGUGCUGGCAAGUGCUUCUCCUAGGAGACUGGAGAUUCUCCGCAAUGUGGGCUUUCAGUUUGAGGUUGUACCAUCCUGGUUCAAAGAAACUCUUGACAAGGGACUUUUCAAAGCACCUCACGAGUAUGCUGUUGAAACAGCCAAACAGAAGGCCCUGGAGGUGGCCAGGAGGAUGCCCUUUAAUCACCUGAAGACUCCAGACAUAGUAAUCGGAGCAGACACUAUAGUGACUGUAGAUGGCAUGAUUCUGGAGAAGCCAGCAGACAAACGUGAUGCUUACAGGAUGCUGUCAAGCUUGAGUGGUAAAGAGCACAGUGUCUUCACUGGUGUAGCUAUUGUCCUCUGCCAUGAGAAAGAAAAUGAAGAAGUGGAUUACCAGUUAAUUGACUUCUACGAAGAAACAAAGGUGAAGUUUGCUGAUCUCUCAGAAGAAAUGCUGUGGGAGUACAUCAAUAGUGGUGAACCCAUGGACAAGGCUGGCGGCUAUGGUAUUCAGGCUCUCGGUGGCAUGCUAGUGGAAUAUGUCCAUGGAGACUUUCUCAAUGUUGUGGGUUUCCCCCUUAACCACUUCUGCAAGCAGCUGGACAUUAUUUACAACCGUUGUACUUCCUCCUUGGACCAGGAAAGUCUGCCUGGCUGCCUGAGCCACAACGGCACUCACACCACCUCAAUACUCACUCAGCCUCCACCCAACCCACCAGCUCUGUCUCGCCACAGUCCCAAUUCUUCAGCCAAGCACAACCCCUCACCCUGCCCUUCUGCCAGUCCCGUCCCUAAGGUGAAAAAGAACAACAGUGAAAGUUCAUGGACGCUGGUCAACAGCCUGUCUAAACAUACAGAUGAUAGAGAGGCUGAGUUCCAACACUCUGAGAAUACAACAUUAUCACUGAUGACCAGUAGAGGGCAGGUGACUGAGUUCAAUGUGACGGAGAAGGAGGAUAGUGAACUCCCAGUAAAAAAAGAAGACUUGCAGCAAAUCAUUGAAUUGAUGGAUGGAUUCAAAGCCUCAAAGGUACUCUUCACUGCAUCCAAGUUGUGUGUGUUCGAUGUGCUACAAAGCAGGCCAGGACUGGAUGCAGAGCGGGUAGCUCAGGAGAUUAAAGCCUCUGUGAAGGGGACUGAAUGCCUGCUGGAAGCCUGUGUGUCUCUGGGACUGUUGAAGAGCAAAGCGAGAACAUGCCAGAAGCCAGUGUACGAGAACGCAGCUCUUGCCACUCGUUUUCUGCUGUCAGAUGCUCCUUUUUCGCUGCAGGGCUACAUCAAGCAUUGUAACGACACAGUGUGGUCUCUCUUUUCUCACCUUGAGAGUGCUGUGCAGGAAGGAACCAACCAGCACGAAAAGGCUUUUGGCAAGAAAUCUAAGGAUAUGUUUCAGGAUACUUUCUACAACAGUCAAGAAGUGAAACUGAGAUUCAUGAGUGCCAUGCACAGCAUUGCUAAAGUUACAGGAAAAGCUGUAGCAACAGCCUUUGACCUCUCUAGUUUUAAAACUGCCUGCGACCUUGGAGGAUGCACUGGGGCCAUGGCCUAUGAGUUUACGAAAGCCCACCCUGGGUUAUCUGUGACAGUAUUUGAUUUGCCAGCUGUUGUUGAGAUGAGUGAACAUUUCCAUCCUCUGCACGCAGACAACAGGGUAUCAUUUGUUGCAGGAGACUUCUUUAAAGAUGAGCUGCCCAAAGCAGACUUGUACAUCCUGGCGAGAAUUCUCCAUGACUGGCCUGAUGAGAGAGUGCAUAUUCUGCUGAGUAAAAUCGCAGAUGUGUGCACACCAGGAUGUGCAGUGCUCAUAGCUGAAACCAUGUUGGAUGGACAGACACCCUACUCAGCUCUGCAGUCUUUAAACAUGCUUGCCCAGACAGAGAGCCAGUAUGCAGACUUGCUGAGCAAGCAUGGAUUUGGGGACACACGGGUGGUUCACACUUUGAACUUCCUUGAUGCUUUUUUGGCCAUUAAAAAGUAAUGUGAAUCAUGCACGCAAGUAACCAUGUUUUGCAUUCUUUUGAUUACAAAUGACAGUCAUUGUUCAGUUUUUUUCCUUUUGAUCAGUGGUGUAAAAAAAAAAAGUAAAAGAAGUAGUACCACAAUAGAUAAUACAGAAUGUUUAAGUAAGCAUUUAAUACAAUCCAAACACACCUCUUAGUAAGGAAUUUUGUGUCCACUUUAACCUUGAUCCGGGUAUAAUAAAAUGGGUACUGAAUUUUUUAACAUUUAGGCCCCAGUCAGUCAGCGUUAAUGGCGUUCUGUCUCAGAAGCAAUUGUCAUCCACAGGCUCAUCCCAGGGGUGUGUCCUGUCCCCAUAUACAAAUGACUGUAGGACUCACCACAAUAACAGGUUGCUUUUGAAGUUCGCGGAUGACACAGUUCUAGUCAGUCUGCUCCAGAAUGGAGAGGUCAACCAUGGGCCUGUUUUGAAUGACUUUGUUGAUUGGUGUGACCACCACUUCUUUAACUUGAAGUUAAAUGUCCUUAAAACUAAAAACAUGGUCAUAGACUUCAGAAAAACUCCCCACUCAAACUCUCCGAUAAUCAAGGGCUCACCUAUUGAGACAGUGGAGUGUUACAAGUACAGGAACAGUUAUUGACAAAAACUUGAACUUUGACCUUAACAGUUCUGCUGUCUGCAAGAAGGGUCUUCAGAGGUUUCAUUUUCUGCCCAGACUGAAUACUUUUAAUGUGGACAAAACUUUGAUGACUAUUUUAUAAAUCUUUUAUUGAAUCAAUUUUAACUUUUUGUUGCAUAGCUUGGUAUGGGAAUCUUACGGUGCAAAGUAAAAAUAAACUGUCUAACAUUGUUAAGGUAGCCAGCAAAAUAAUUGGAACUAAACAACUUUCCUUGGCAGACAUCUAUAAAAGACAAGUUAUACUUAAGGCUCAGACUAUUACAGCCAGCUCUGACCACCCUCUCUUGGAGGAAUUUGUUCUUCUGCCUCUGGGCGAAGAUACAGAUUGCCCAUAAUAAAAACGAACAGAUACAAAUUUUCCAUUGCACCCACGGCAAUUAAUGCCCUAAAUUUGCACUGAGCUUGAGCUGCUGUUCAGAAUGAUAGAUUGUUGAGGCUACCAUUUCAACUUAUUGAGUACUUUUAGACGAAAAAGAGAGGUUGUAUAUAACGGCUGUUCUUAUCUUUAUUUAUGCCUCAUGUAUGUUUGUUUUAACCCUAUUGCAAAUCAAAUUUCCCCUGGUGGGACAAUAAAGCGGUAGUAGUCAGAAUGCAGGACGGCUCCUUUUCAGAGUGUCAGAAAAUGAUGUACAUUAAAUAAUUAUCACCGAUAAAUUAAGGUGUAAGCUGAAAUUUAAUGUAUAGGUAAAGGUGGAUCUAAUCUGACUAUUUUAUAUACACUAUUAACUUAUUAUAGAUGUUGAAUUAUGACAGAUGUAUUCUUUUUUUUUAUUAUCCGGUAUACCACAGCAACAAACAAACUUAAAAUAACUGAAUUUAUGUGUUAGUCACCCAUUGGUACUACAGUACCGUUUAUAUCAUAAGUGCAUACCUUCCACUUGUUGCAGGAAGGAUACACAUCACACUGGUGUUCAGUGUAACUGUGCACAACUUUGACAUGAGUAACAACAAGUAACAAGUAGCAAUUUGAACCUUGAACACUAUUGUACACUGAGUGAGAUAGCCUGCUAAGUGUACACAAAAGCCAUCCAACGUCACUGGUAUCCUGCAUGUGAUGCAGCUACUGACUCGAUAUCCUUUGUAUGCUGAUGUACAACAAUGAAAAAUGAUGCAUUAAAAAAGUAAAGUUUGUUUACCAGUAAAAUGA